CAAACCUAACAGUAUCGACCUGGGACGAAGAAAAGUAGACCAAACCAGAAACCACAUCGCAUACGAACACGACUCUAAACCACCCCAUACCCAGCCCGAAGCUACGUUUCCGCGACAAUAAACGGCGGCAGUCCAUCGAUUGCUGGACUACCGAACCGAACCAUGAUCCCAUCCAUGCGCCGCGCAAAGCGGCCGCGGCCCCUUGGCGAUCUCCCACGAAACUGGGCGGACCUCGGGGACGGGCCGGCCGGCCUGAUCGCCGAGCUCGCCCUCGCCAACGACGUGGCCGACUACGUCCGCUUCCGGGCCGUGUGCCGGCCGUGGCGCCGGUGCUCGCCGGACCCGUGCGCCGGCGGCCUGAACUAUCGCUUCCUCCCCCGCCGGUGGAUAAUGAUCGACAAGGCUGUUGCCGGGCCUCGCCGCCAUCGCUUCCUCAACGUAUCCACCGGCGAGCGCAUCCAUAUGGACAUAUUGGAGUUUGCCCAGCACAAGCUGCUCGCGCUCACCCCGGAAGGCCUCCUGCUGCUGCUCCACGAGCCCACCCUGGCCGCCCGCCUGCUCAACCCGCUCACGCGCCAGCUCACCGAUCUCCCGCCGGCGACCGCGCUCUUCACACCAGAGCAGCAUCGACAUAGGGCCUUAGGUUUCAAGACGGAGCUUGAUGUGACCGGCGUUGGCCUUUUUGUGGCGGCGGCAACGGCAGACGCGUCCACGGUGUCGGUGGCGAUCAGCUUCUGCCGUCCCAGGGUGAUCGCCGUCGCCAAGCCCGGCGACGAGAGCUGGACCGUCGUCGAGUACGACGAGCACAUGGAUUCGGCCCUGCCUUUUGCGGGCCGCUUCUACUGCGCCACCUGGAAGGGCGUCAUGGUGCUGGACAUGGGCUCAGAUGAGCAGCCGCCACGGCUCCAGAUGGUCGCCGACAGGAGGGAGGCCUUCUUCUUCGUCCAUAUGUCGGAGAGCCUCCACCUGGUGGACAACGGCGGGGAGCUGAUGCUGGUGCACCGGAGGAUGCGGCGCAACCACUACGUUGAGUUUCACAGGCAGUACGAUGCCUACAAGGUGGAUCUGGAAGCCGGGGCCCUGGUCCGGGCCAAGGGCUUCAACGGGCGCGCCGUGUUCAUCGGCAUGCACCGCGCGAUUUCCGUGUCAGCUCAGGCCACCUUUCUCUCUGUCAAAGCCGAUACGGUUUACAAAUGUGGCGUGCGGACGGAGGCGUACAAUAUCGCAGAUGGAAGCAGAUGCGGCCGGAUCACGGAUGCCGAGGUCAACUUUCUAGCCCACUGCAUCCAGGGCGUCGGCAAGCAACUUGCCUGAGCAAAGUCAACUUUUCUUUUCUACCAGAUGUGUGAUGUCCUUUCAUCAUACAUAAUAAAGUAGCAAAAUAGUAUGUUCUGUAAUACCCCUUCCGUCGAGUGCGGACGUUUGGAGCUCGGCCUCCAUGGAGGCCGAAAUUUUUAAAUAAUUCAAAAUUCAAAUUUUUU